CGCAGAUCAGCUCCCACUAUGAGUUUUCAGCUUUCUUGACUCGAGGGUGAAUCCGCAGAUUGUUCUAAACCAGUAAAACACAAUGUGGCCUUCGUACGGUCUUUUGUUCGGAUCCCCGAUCAGGCCAGUCAUGUCAGCGGGUGAUGCAUCAGACACGGGAAAUUCAUUGGGGUAUCAAGUCGAUUGGAAGCGAUUUUUCUUUCCCCCUCAAUUCAUUGCUGACGGAUGUUUCAGCGGAGGAUGAUCUGGCCCAAUUGAUUGUCUAUCGCGACCCCAGCACCGCCAGCUAUCGCUUGACACUACAUGAACGGCGGGGAGCCGUCGACGGGAUCUUCCUCAAGAUUAUGAAGCGCAACUUGGUCCUGCUAAUUGCCGUUUACCCUUACCAGAUCACACUCCACUGGCGGCGUAUCCACGUUUCCCCAACGAUGCAAACGGCAUGCCCAGCAGCGUUGCACUGUUAUUCCGGUGCCAGCGAUGUUCUCUUCGCGGCCGUAGAGUGCGACGCAGGCUUCCCAGAUGUCACCUCGUGCGUGGGAUACCUAGACCACCCCUAUCCGCCCAACCGCCUCACCACCUUCCAUUAGUCGACAUCCUCGCAUGACCACCUGGGAUAUAACACUUCAUCCCAGGGAUUUGCAACGCCCCCUGUGUCGGAUUCAGGAUACUCUCUGGAUUCUAAUGGAAUAGCCCUUUCGGUUUGUUUCUUUUCUUUGGAUGCCCAGCAGAUAUGUCUGAUAUUGAUUUGGAGGUCUUGUUACAUAUAUCAAUAUGCUGGUG